AUGUCGAACAACGUAGGACAGACCCUUUACGCCUACGAGCGCCAGGCUCUCCUGAGCAAGAUCGUGGAUCAGGUCUACGCGCUCAAGUUCCAUUCCAAGAAUCUGUAUGAUAUCCUCACGGCCCUGAGCGAGGCCGAACUUCUGGCCACCAAGUGCGAGCAGAUGGCCAUCACCGCUGAUGACACGGAGUUUGAACAGGUUUGUCGAGAUCUGCCUCAAGUUCUGGAAGACGCUCGUGCAUCUUUGCUCAGAGAGGAUUCGAGCUCUAGGAACCAGCUCGAAGUCGCUCGCAAGAUCGAGGCUGCGGUUCCGCUCGUAAUGCGUGAUCCCACCGCCUAUGCUCGUUCUCAGAUCGUUCAUCGGUAUUCCGUGAUUCAUGAGAAUGAGAAUGAGCAUGGGAUUGAUAGCGUGGAUGUUCUCGAGAGUGAGGAUGUUCCUGAAGAUAAGGGUGCCCCUGCGAACAAGUGA